AUGAAGUCCGCAACGGGCACCCGUAAGCCCUACAACGGGCAGACGCGAAGCCUUGCACUCGCACUCGACAUAGGGACGACAUUCAGCGGCGUUUCAUACGCGAUUCUAGAACCCGGCGAGGUUCCCAAGAUUCAUGGCGUUACUCGGUUCCCCGGACAGGAACAUGUUGCCGGAAACUCUAAGAUUCCAUCAAUAAUGUACUAUGACCGACAAGGCAAGAUGGUUGCGGCGGGCGCAGAAGCAGAAAGUUCGACGAUCGUCGCAGAGGCGGAAGAUGAAGGCUGGAUCAAGGCCGAGCUCUUCAAACUGCGUCUCCGGCCAAAGGCCAUGAAACUCAAAAUGAAUGGGAUGCGACUUGCUCCGCUCCCGCAAGGGAAGACCGCGGUGGACGUCUUUGGCGAUUUCCUCGCGUACCUCUUCCGCUGCACGCGUUCUUUCAUCGUCGACACUCACGCAAACGGACCAACGCUCUGGCGUGCGGUCGAGAACGACAUCCAGUUUGUGCUCAGCCAUCCGAAUGGCUGGGAAGGCGCGCAGCAGACAAAGAUGCGCAGGGCCGCAGUGUAUGGUGGGCUGAUUCCGGACACGGACGAGGGCAAGUCCCGGAUACGAUUUGUGACAGAGGGGGAAGCGAGUUUGCAUGCGUGUGUCUUGAACGGGCUGGCGGCAGAUGUGCUCCAGAAUCCUUCGGGUCAUGGGUUCAUCGUGGCAGAUGCAGGAGGCGGAACGCUCGAUAUCAGUUCCUACGCGAUACGCGGCACGGCACCCCUUGUCAUCGAGGAGAUUGCACCACCAGAUUGUGUCUUUGCUGGAUCCGUGUUUGUGAGCAGAAGGGCGCGGGCGUUCUUUGGAGAGAAGCUCAAAGCAUCCAAGUACGGCACCCCGGAUUCGCUAGACCACAUCACGAAGCGGUUCGAUGAGACAACCAAACGAUUGUUCCGUGACAACAAGGAGCUACAAUUUGUGCCCUUUGGCUCUCCACUGGACAAGGAUAUGACCGCUGGUAUUCGCGGCGGCCAGCUUAAGUUGACAGGUGCUGAGGUGGCCGCGCUGUUUGAGCCCUCAAUAGAGGCGGCGAUUGGAUCCAUAAAGGCGCAAAUUGACGCGUCGGGCGGAGCUGUUAAGUCAGUGUGGCUUGUCGGCGGAUUCGCAGCCAGUCCAUGGCUAUUCAGCCAAUUGCAAGAGAUGUUGUUGCCGUUCCAUGUCACAGUCAGCCGGCCGGAUACCCAAACCUCGAAGGCAGUCGCAGAUGGCGCAAUUGGUUUCUACUGUGACCACCACGUUUCUGCGCGGAUGUCCAAAUUCAUGUAUGGUGUCGAGUACCUCCGGGAAUACGACUCCAACGACGAAGAGCACGUCUCGAGACAGCACAGGCUAUUCGAGCUGCCAUCAGGUCCGAAGCUACUUCCAGACGCAUUUGAUUGCAUUCUCUCACGAGGUGUGAAGGUGAAGGAGUCGACCGUCUUUAGCCGCAAGUAUUGUACCGAGGUGACAAACUUGACAACGCUAUCAGUCUUUGAGGUCGAAAUUUGGUGCUAUCGCGGCGGUGAUACCAUACCUAAGUGGAUUCUCAGAGGUGCAGAGAACUUCUCCACCUUGUGCUAUGUACGUGCCGACCUGUCUCCGCUCGCCGGAAGUGCACAAUCGAAGCAUGGCAGGAAUGGGAAAACAUACUGGACCAUCGUAUUCAGCAUUGAGAUUCACUUUGGCUUGACCGAGUUCAAGGCUCGCAUCAAAUGGACAGACAACAAUCGGACUAGAUACGGCCCCGCGUCCAUCGUGUACAAUGAGAGUGGACAUCGUGCUGAUGAGGAGGAGCCCGACGAAUCUCCUGACGAUAACAUAACCGUUGUUUCGUCGCAGUCGGAAGUUCCUUCAGCUGUCCCAUCGAACAAGACUUCUCGGGCGCCCUCCCGUGACCCCGUUCCAGCCAGGUCGAGAAGCACAUUGUCUACUCAAGCCUCACCGAAACUCCCUCAUCCUGAACCUCGCCCAGAGCACUCGCGCUCAGCAUCGAUACGUAGUUCCUCGCGGUCUGAGGCGCGGGUGGACAAGGGUAAGGAACGGGAGGUUGCGCCCGCGAUGCGAGAGACCGACCGAUCGCUCAACGUCUCGGGUCGUUCGAUCGACUCUACGAGGAGCGGCAACACCAGGCUCGGAGAGACACUCUCAUCUGUGUGGGGUACCGCGUCGAAGCAACAGACACCGCUCGCCUCGCCUUUGGUGGAGACCGCGAGGUCGAGUCUGGCGACACCGAGAGACGAGACAGCCGUGCCUACAGCUAGAGAGAUGUCGAAGGCUACAACGCCGAAAGAAGUAUCGAAAGCUCCGACGCCGAAGGAAUUGUCGAGGGCGCCCACGGCGAGAGAAUCGCGGAUUCCUACACCCAAAGAAUUAUCCAAGGUCCCAACGCCUGUGGAAACAUCUGUAGCUGUUACGCCGAAGGUCUCGCAACCUCCCACUCCAAAGGAGAUCUCGAAGCCGCCUACUCCCGUGGAAGUCUCCCAUGCCUCGUCACCGAGAGUGCUCUCUAAGGCCCCGACGCCACAGGAAGUUUCAAAGGCACCUACACCCAAAGAGACUUCGAAACCACCCACGCCGAAAGCUUCGAGAGUACCCACGCCGAAAGCAGCCUCCAAGGUUCCAACGCCCAAGGCGACAUCGAAAGCGCCUACACCCAAGGUAGCGUCCAAAGUUGCCACGCCCCAAGUGGACCCAGAGCCUUUGGCAGAGUCCAUCCCUCCAACCCCUGCAGUGGAAAGCAGUCCUGGCUCCUGGCCGGAAUGGACUGCGCCUGAUGGCAUCGAGAACGCCGUUGUGCCUCCUCCCCCGUCGUGGAACCUACCUGAAACUGUUCCUGAAGAGCCCCCGCAACCGGCCGAAGAGCCCGCACCCGCAGAGUCCAACCCCGAGUCGAACUCACAGUUUGGAAACUGGAACGCGGGCUCGAACGACCUGGGCUUGUGGGGCGAGUCACCCACCAACACCCAACCCAGCGCAAGCUCGGCGGGUCUCCAGGACCUCCUGGCAUCUCCCAAUCCUGAUACCACGUCAUCCUCAGGGCUGUUUUCGAGCGGCUGGGGAGGGUGGGGCUCCAAACCCAGUAUCGGCUUUGGUACUUCGAAGUCCACGUUUGGAGCAGGCUUGCUUGGAGGUGUGGGAAGCGCGCUUUUCUCGGGUGGAGGUGGCUUUGUGAACGCAGACGCAGAAAGGGACGCAGAGAAGAAGAAGGCUGAGGAAGAGGCUGCCGCCGCCAUUCGUAAGGCGGAGGAGGAUGCUGCUGCCGCUCGUAAAGCUGAAGAGGAUGCUGCUGCCGCUCGUAAAGCUGAAGAGGAUGCUGCCGCCGCUCGUAAAGUUGAAGAGGAAACAGCUGCCGCUGCUGAUGCCGCUCGACAAGAAGAGGAAGCCGCUGUUGCCGCUGUAGCAGCACAAAAAGCAGACGAAGACGCCGCCGCCGUUCAAAGGGUCGCGGACGAUGAUGCUGCUGCCGCUGCCGCCGAGACUCAAAGAGCAGAAGAGGAGGCCGCCACUGCUGCUGAAGCUAAGAAAGUUGAAGAGGCUGCUGCUCAGAAAACGCAAGAAGAGGCCGACGCCGCUCAGAAAGCGGGGGAAGAUGCCGCUGCUGCUGCUACUGCCGCGAAAGAGGCGGAAGCGGUUACAGAAACAAACGAUGCUGUCGAGGAAGCGGCAACGAGUGCAGAGCAAACGAUGGAGGCGGACGCUCCAUCCGCUGAGACGCCGGCGGAUGAAACACUUGCAACUCAAACUCCGAAUGCAGAGAACGAACAAGGAACGGCAGGUGCAGAUGGCGCAAACACUACUGAGGACGCGCCCGAUGGCAACCAACAGAACGGAGAUGAGGAAGUUCAGCUUGAUGAGGAAGUCAAAGAGGAAGACGAGUGGGCAGCAACAGGUAAGAAGAACAAGAAAAAGAAGGGCAAGGCUACCGGCGGUGGUGAAAGUAGUACACCGGCUGAUACAGCUCCUGCCAUUAAUUCACGCACAAACUCUAAACAAUCUGGUAGCAAGGCAGGAAAGAAGGGUAAGAAGAAGUAG